CUUAACUUUGUUUUCGUUGGAAAAAUUUAGUCGGCAAAAACAAAUUAAGAUUUUAAGAUUAACAUUGUAAUCCGAUGGAAAUGGAGAUGGAAUCGGACAACAGUGAUGACGAGGGAUCGAUCGGCAAUGGCCUGGACUUGACCGGGAUACUUUUUGGGAACAUCGAUUCCGAGGGCAGACUACUGGCCGACGAUGAUGGCGAGGGACGCGGAGGCGCAUUCGAUGCGGAGCUCCGGGAAAACAUUGGAUCGCUGUCCAAAUUGGGUUUGGAUUCUAUGCUGCUCGAGGUAAUUGACCGCAAGGAGGCCGAACCGUUGUCGGAAGACGAGGAUGAAAAGACUGAGGACAAUGCAGGCGGAGGAUUGAGCGCCUUCGAUGCCCUUAAGGCAGGCGUAAAAAGUGAUGAAAAGGAGGAUGGUGCCGUAAGGGCUCAGGACGAUGCCAUAGAUUACUCAGAUAUCACUGAACUAUCCGAAGAUUGCCCACGGACGCCGCCGGAAGAACCGGCGCCUUACGACGACUUGGAGGAUGCCAUUCCCGCCUCUAAGGUGGAGGCCAAGUUGACCAAGGACGACAAAGAACUUAUGCCUCCACCAAGUGCUCCGAUGCGAUCGGGCUCGGGCAGCGGCACUGAUGAGCCGACCAAACCAAAUGAUGCCACCAGUCCAAGUGCUAGUGAUUCCAAAGCAAACGAUCCCAAGGAUGCAGAUCGUAAGCUGGACACGCCACUGGCAGACAUACUGCCUUCCAAGUACCAGAAUGUGGAUGUGCGCGAGCUCUUUCCCGAUUUUCGCCCACAAAAGGUGCUACGCUUUUCGCGACUCUUUGGCCCAGGUAAACCAACAAGUUUGCCCCAGAUCUGGCGGCAUGUUCGCAAUCGUCGCCGAAAACGCAACCAGUCCAGAGAUCAGAAGCCGACCAACGCAGGUAGCUCAGAUUCCACAAGCGACACUGAGGAGCCGCGAAAGCGCGGCUUUAGUCUGCACUUUGGUCCGGAGCCAACGCCGGCGGAGUGCAUGUCCGACGAUGAGGACAAACUGCUGGGCGACUUUAAUAGCGAAGACGUGCGUCAGGAAGGUCCGGACAAUGGAGAGAACAGCGACCAGAAGCCCAAGGUGGCCGACUGGCGUUACGGGCCGGCACAGAUUUGGUACGAUAUGUUGGAAGUUCCCGACUCCGGGGAGGGAUUCAACUAUGGUUUUAAGACAAAGACGGCCACCUCGUCGUCUCAACCGCAGGUCAAGGAAGAGCACCAUGCAAACAGUCCAGAUGGAGAAGCCGAGGAGCCAAGUAUAGCCGACGAUGCCUUUUUGAUGGUCUCACAACUGCACUGGGAGGACGACGUGGUCUGGGAUGGCAACGACAUCAAAGCCAAGGUGCUGCAAAAACUUAACUCCAAGACAAAUGCAGCUGGAUGGUUGCCUUCUAGUGGAUCAAGAACUGCUGGCGCCUUCAGCCAGCCGGGAAAAACUUCCCUGCCGGUCGGAAACCCGUCUGGUAGUUCCAACAAGGGCUCGGCAGCAUCUAGCAAGAAAGCCCAGCAAAAUGCCCAAGCGAAGCCAGUGGAGGCACCCGAUGACACCUGGUACAGUCUUUUCCCUGUGGAGAAUGAGGAGCUCAUAUACCACAAGUGGGAGGAUGAAGUCAUAUGGGAUGCACAGCAAAUGAGCAAGGUACCCAAACCGAAGGUGCUCACACUGGACCCCAACGACGAGAACAUAAUCCUAGGCAUACCCGAUGACAUCGAUCCAUCUAAAAUUAACAAGAGUACGGGUCCCCCGCCCAAGAUCAAAAUACCCCAUCCUCAUGUGAAGAAGUCUAAAAUCCUACUUGGCAAGGCAGGCGUAAUUAACGUGUUGGCCGAAGACACACCUCCGCCCCCACCCAAAAGUCCUGACCGUGAUCCCUUCAACAUAUCUAACGAUACGUACUACACACCCAAGACAGAACCGACGUUGCGUCUAAAGGUGGGUGGCGGAAAUCUUAUCCAACACUCGACUCCGGUGGUAGAACUUCGUGCUCCGUUCGUGCCAACACACAUGGGACCAACGAAGCUUCGUUCAUUCCAUCGUCCGCCCCUAAAGAAGUACUCGCACGGCCCAAUGGCUCAGGUAACACCCCAUCCCGUUUUCCCCCUGCUUAAGACCAUUGCGAAAAAGGCAAAGCAGCGCGAGGUAGAGCGUAUUGCUUCCGGUGGUGGAGACGUGUUCUUCAUGCGAAACCCGGAGGAUCUGAGCGGCAGAGACGGUGACAUCGUGCUGGCUGAAUUCUGCGAGGAGCACCCGCCGCUGAUGAACCAAGUAGGCAUGUGUUCUAAGAUUAAGAACUACUAUAAACGCAAGGCGGAGAAGGACAGCGGACCACAAGAUUAUGUCUAUGGAGAAGUAGCCUUUGCGCAUACCAGCCCCUUCCUGGGCAUCUUGCAUCCAGGCCAGUGCAUCCAAGCGAUUGAGAACAAUAUGUACCGGGCGCCUAUUUAUCCCCACAAGAUGGCCCAUAACGAUUUUCUUGUGAUUCGCACACGCAACAGCUACUGGAUCCGAUCCGUGAACUCGAUCUUUACGGUGGGCCAGGAGUGUCCACUCUACGAGGUUCCGGGUCCGAACUCCAAGCGGGCAAAUAACUUCACUCGAGACUUUCUUCAGGUCUUUAUAUACCGCUUGUUCUGGAAGAGUCGUGACAAUCCGCGUCGCAUACGAAUGGAUGACAUAAAACAGGCUUUUCCCGCACAUUCGGAGAGCAGCAUUCGUAAGCGAUUGAAGCAGUGCGCCGACUUUAAGCGCACGGGAAUGGACUCCAAUUGGUGGGUUAUCAAGCCAGAGUUUCGCUUGCCAUCGGAGGAGGAAAUCAGAGCCAUGGUUUCACCAGAGCAGUGCUGCGCCUACUUCAGCAUGAUAGCGGCGGAACAACGCUUAAAGGACGCAGGCUAUGGAGAAAAGUUCUUGUUCGCCCCUCAAGAAGAUGAUGACGAGGAGGCGCAACUAAAACUUGACGACGAAGUUAAGGUGGCCCCAUGGAACACAACUCGCGCAUAUAUCCAAGCCAUGAGAGGAAAGUGCUUGCUCCAGCUGAGUGGUCCCGCUGAUCCAACGGGAUGUGGUGAGGGAUUCUCCUACGUUCGAGUGCCAAACAAGCCUACGCAAACCAAGGAGGAGCAAGAGUCACAGCCAAAACGGUCGGUCACCGGAACGGAUGCAGAUCUGCGUCGGUUGCCGCUUCAGCGAGCAAAGGAGCUCCUGCGUCAAUUUAAGGUUCCCGAGGAGGAAAUUAAAAAGCUAUCUCGCUGGGAAGUUAUUGACGUAGUGCGCACCUUGUCCACAGAGAAAGCGAAGGCCGGCGAAGAGGGAAUGGAUAAGUUCUCUCGUGGUAACAGGUUUUCCAUUGCUGAGCAUCAGGAGCGUUACAAGGAAGAGUGCCAACGCAUUUUCGACUUGCAAAACCGAGUACUCGCUAGUUCAGAGGUGCUUUCCACCGACGAGGCCGAGUCCUCAGCCUCCGAGGAAUCUGACCUCGAAGAACUUGGCAAAAAUCUGGAGAACAUGCUGUCAAAUAAAAAGACUUCGACACAGCUAUCUAGGGAACGUGAAGAACUGGAACGCCAGGAAUUGCUCCGUCAGCUGGAUGAAGAACACGGGGGUCCAAGUGGCAGUGGAGGCGCUAAAGGAGCCAAAGGCAAGGAGGAGGCCGGUCAGCAGAUGCUCGCGACUAGCAAUCAGGGCAGAAUUCUUCGCAUUACGCGCACUUUCAGAGGAAACGAUGGAAAGGAAUAUACCCGCGUGGAAACUGUGCGGCGGCAGCCUGUAAUUGAUGCCUAUAUCAAGAUCCGCACCACUAAGGAUGAGCAAUUUAUCAAGCAGUUCGCCACGCUAGACGAACAACAGAAAGAGGAGAUGAAACGGGAGAAGAGACGCAUCCAGGAGCAGUUGCGUCGAAUCAAACGCAACCAGGAGCGCGAACGCCUGGCGCAGUUAGCCCAGAACCAGAAGCUACAGCCAGGUGGAAUGCCCACAUCCUUGGGCGAUCCCAAGAGCUCGGGAGGACACUCGCACAAGGAGCGGGAUAGUGGCUACAAGGAAGUCAGUCCCUCGCGCAAGAAGUUUAAGUUGAAGCCAGAUCUGAAGCUGAAGUGCGGCGCUUGUGGUCAAGUGGGUCACAUGAGAACAAACAAGGCAUGUCCCCUGUACACAGGUAUGCAGAGCAGUCUGUCCCAGUCGAAUCCCUCUCUGGCCGAUGAUAUGGACGAGCAGAGUGAAAAAGAGAUGAACAUGGAUGACGACGAUCUUGUGAAUGUCGAUGGCACCAAGGUGACCCUUAGCAGCAAGGUGCUCAAGCGGCAUGGUGUUGAUGACGGCAAGCGACGCAGUGGCUCUAGCUCGGGUCUCACCUUAAAGGUUCCCCGAGAUGGAAUGGGCAAGAAGAAGCGCAGAGUAGGUGGUGAUCCCCAUUGCGACUACCUUCAGCGUCACAACAAAACGGCCAAUCGAAGACGUACCGAUCCUGUGGUCGUUCUAUCCUCCAUACUGGAAAUCAUCCACAACGAGCUGCGUACCAUGCCCGAUGUAUCACCAUUCCUCUUCCCGGUGAAUGCGAAAAAGGUGCCAGACUACUACCGCGUGGUGACCAAGCCUAUGGACCUUCAAACAAUGAGGGAGUAUAUUCGCCAGAGGCGGUACACGAGUCGAGAGAUGUUUCUAGAGGAUCUCAAGCAGAUCGUAGACAAUUCGCUCAUAUACAAUGGGCCACAAAGUGCCUAUACUGUGGCCGCCCAGCGCAUGUUCUCCAGCUGCUUUGAAUUGCUCGCUGAGCGUGAAGAUAAGCUGAUGCGUCUCGAAAAGGCCAUUAACCCGCUGUUAGACGACGACGACCAGGUGGCCCUUUCCUUCAUCUUUGAUAAGCUGCUUACGCAGAUCAAACAACUAACCGAGAGCUGGCCUUUCCUCAAGCCGGUCAACAAAAAACAAGUCAAAGACUACUACAUAGUCAUCAAGAGACCCAUGGACCUGGAAACAAUUAACAAGAAAAUUGAAGGUCAUCGGUACCACAGUCGCGCAGAGUUCUUAAGUGACAUCGAGUUGAUUGCCACAAACUGUGAGCAGUAUAAUGGCAGCGAUACGCGCUACACCAAGUUCGCCAAGAAAAUACUGGAAUACGCACAAACCCAGUUGGAAGGGUUCGCAGACCACUGCUCCCAGUUAGAGAAUAACAUAGCAAAGACACAAGAGCGUGCUAGAGAGAAUGCACCUGAGCUGGACGAAGCCUGGGGCAAUGAUGACUACAACUUUGAUCGCGGCAGUCGAGCUAGCUCUCCGGGCGACGACUAUAUUGAUGUGGAGGGUCACGCAGGACCAUCAGCUAACUCCAUUCAUCGCAGCAUGGGAGCUGAGAUGAGUGGUUCUCAUACCACUCCGUUGCGCAAGCCUCUGCCUCCAGGACCUAGUGAAGUGAAGCGUGGAAGGGGAAGACCACGCAAGCAGCGCGAUCCCGUCGAGGAGGUCAAAUCCCAGAAUCCGGUUAAGCGUGGUCGGGGCCGUCCGAGGAAGGACAGCCUUGCCUCAAACAUGAGUCAGACGCAAGCUUACUUCCUGGAUGAAGACCUGCAAUGUUCGACAGAUGACGAAGACGAUGAUGAGGAGGAGGACUUCCAGGAGGUAUCCGAAGACGAGAACAAUGCGGCCAGCAUUUUGGAUCAGGGCGAACGUAUUCAUGCUCCCGCCGAAAGCAGUGAUGGUAUGUUCGAUCCCAAGAACAUCAAAACGGAAAUCGAUAUCGAUGCCCAGCAGAUGGCAGAGGAGCCGAUCGGUGAGGAUGACAGCCAGCAGGUGGCCGAAGCAAUGGUGCAGUUGAGUGGCGUGGGCUACUAUGCUCAACAGCAGCAAGAUGAGUCCAUGGAUGUGGACCCCAACUACGAUCCCUCCGACUUUCUGGCCAUGCACAAGCCGCGGCAGAAUCUUGGCGAGCCCAGUGCCUUGCAGGGUGCCUUUACCAAUUUCCUAUCCCAUGUUCAAGAUGACAAUGGGCCAUACAAUCCUCCCGAGGCCAGCACAAGUGCCGCUGCCGCUUCAGCCUUGGGUAUGAGCCUACCGCCUCAAGAGGAUGAUUCCAUGGCUAUGCAAAUGCCGUCGGAAAUGCCUUCUAAUACUUUGAACAAUGGAAUGGGCAUCGAUGAUGAUCUGGACAUUUCGGAGAGUGAUGAGGAAGACGAUGGUUCUCGGGUGCGCAUCAAAAAGGAGGUCUUCGACGAUGGAGAAUACGCCAUGCAGCACCACCAGCAAUUGGGGCAGCAAUCGCAGUCGCAAAUCUACCUCGUGGAUUCGUCAAACGAGCCCACGAAUCUUGACUACCAGCAGGCACCGCAACUGGACUUCCAGCAGGGAAUGGAGCAGUUGCAGCACCAAGGCAUGCAGCAGCAGGCCAUGCCCCCGCUGCAACCAGAGCAAAUGCAGCACCAGCAGACACCGCAGGGAGACAAUGAUUAUGCCUGGACUUUUUAGUGAUUAAGUAUGGAUUGUUAGUUGUAAGAAACACAAACAAAAUUCACAUUUCCUCUUCCGAGAGAACAACUCUGUGAAAAUACUACCUUUUUGUACCGCUUGAGCUUUUACCAUUUUUAUUAUAAGCUUGAUUUGGAAGUAUAUUAAAAACAAUCAUAACUUC